CUCUUCUCUAUCUUCACCUUCAUCUUCUUCUUCUUCUCUCUAUCUCCUUCCAACAGCAUGGUUAACAUCAUCAUCUCAUAAUUAUCAUAAUUUUCUGUGUCUUGGUGAUAUAAUUUAUUUUAAUUUUUCUCUUUCCUUUCAAACCAAAAGCUUUUUCUCAGCCCUGAUUAUAAUUUAUUCAACUUAAAAGCCUCCUUUCCCUUAUUAUUAUUAUUUUUCAUCAUCUUCCUCCUCAUCAUCCUCCCUAUCUUCAUCUCUCUCUCCAUGCUAUUAUUAUUAUUAUUAUUAUAACUAUUACUAUAGUUAUAUUAUUAUUAUGAUGAUGAUAGCUAAACCUUAGCUAUUAUUAAUAUUAUUAUUACUAUCAUCACCAUUAUUAUUAUUAUUAUUACUUUUAUUAUUAUUAUUAUAUUACUUUACAAUGACAACCUUCAUUCAAACCUCUCACGGAUCAUACAUAACACAACAACAACAACAACAAGCAACAUCUCCUCCUAACCUUGUGAAUACACUUUCAUCUUGUUCAUCAUCAAUUAAUCCACAAGCCAUUUACACCUCAUCUUCAUCGCCAUCAUCUUCAAUCGUAUCUGGAUCAUCAGCUACAUUAUCAUCUUUACCUUUAGUAUCUACAUCACCAUCCUCAUCAUCUCUAACUGAUUUAUCUGCACCAAUAUCAUCCAAUAGUAAUAAUACUACACUUUUAACCUCAUCUUCUGGAGUUUCUUCGGUUUCACAUCUUCAGUCUCACCAACAACAACAACAACAACUUUCACUUGCAUCUUCUAUUUCUGUUUCUGGUUCUUCCGUUGCCUCUGGUGUUGCUGGUGGUUCUUUUUCAUCUUCAUCUGAAUCUCAGCUGAUUCAUACAACACAAUCUUUCGGAUCAAGUGCAACUACGCUUAUAUCAAGUCAAGGAGGUUCUUUGGUUUUGUCUCCACGAAAUGUUCCUGGUUUAUCUUCUUACUCUACAGCUAAUCAAACAACAAUCAUGUUACCUUUACAAGGAAAUGGAAAUACCAACAAUGGAACGGGAUCUGUGAAUGAUCAUCUAAUUGGAAAUCAAAUUUUAUCUUCUAUCCCAUCAUCUCAACAAAUUGUUAGUCCAAUGGUUCCUCUUUUAUUAACCAAUGGUCAAUUUAUUUCCACUGGUAUACCAUCACAAGGAGCUUUUUCCUUACCUCAAUCAAAUUCAACCAGUUCUUCAGUGACACAAUCAACAACAACAUCAAGUCAACAAUCUCACCCACAGUCACAACAAUACCAAUUUGGUAAUUUUAUUGGUACAAGUUUGGCUACAUCUUUACCUAACAAUGGAUCGACACAAUUUGUUACCAAUGGAUCUGGCCAAAUAUUUGCAAUAAGUCCAUCGAUAAUUAACAAUCUUAAUCAACAGCAAUCAUCAGCCAUUAAUUCACUACAAACCCAUCAAUCAUCUUCAGCAUUUAUUCAAGUGGUCACUCCAAAUGGAAUCGCUUUAGUGCCAGCCAAUCAAAUCAUUUCUGAUCAACCAUUAAUGUCAACAAUCAGUACUAAUCAAAUGGAUAAUAGCUCAAUACACCAGCAACAACAACAAUUACUUCAACAACACCAACAACAGACUCACCAUAAUAGUAAUUCUGGUUUACCAGAAAGGGAAAGAACCAAUAAACGUGGAAACCAGAAAAAUUUUUACUCAAGGACUGAAGGCAGUGGUGGUCAUAGUGGACCAAGUCAUAGCCGAAUGUUGAAAAAGUCCGCCUUGGCUCAAGCACAGUUACAGCAAUUACAACAACAGCAAAUGAAUCAAGCAAUACAAGUAUCACUUUCAUCUAGUGUAUCAACUUCAUCUACAUCAACAUCAACAACAAACACUAAAAAUUCUGGUCGAAUUGUUAAUUCAUCUAAUCAUGCUUUUGCCCCAUCGUCUUUAUCCUCUUUAACUUGUUAUAAUCGUUCAACUGAUGUAAAAAAAAUAACAAUGAAUAAUAAUAACAAUUCUAGUAGUACAAAUUGUUCAACCCAACAAGCCAUGUAUUUGGGUAAUCAGACCAAUACAAUACCCAAUUCAGUUGAAUCGCAAACACCAUCGCCUCCUCUAUCAACAGCAAGCUCUAUGGAACCAGAAUCAAAUCAAGCAACUGUAGCUCAAACGAUAAACAAUGGGGAUGUUGCGGUUGUAGAUGGUGUUAAUUUGGAAGAAGUUAAAGAAUUCGCUCGACAAUUUAAAUUACGUAGAUUAAGUCUCGGAUUAACACAAACUCAAGUUGGUCAAGCUUUAUCAGCAACAGCAGGACCUUCAUACAGUCAAAGUGCAAUUUGCAGGUUCGAAAAGCUUGAUAUUACUCCAAAAAGCGCAUCGAAGAUCAAACCAGUUCUAGAAAAGUGGAUGCACGAUCUUGAGAUUCGAUGCCGACAAGGAAACACCGAUCCAGCGAGUUUCACUGGUAAUCCUAAUUCAAAGAAAAGAAAGAGACGAACAUCUUUCUCGCCCUCGGCAUUGGAAGUACUGAACAUUUUCUUCGAGAAAAACACUCACCCUUCAAGUAGUGAGAUGACAGAAUUAGCCGAUAAAUUAAAAUACGAUCGGGAAGUAGUUCGAGUUUGGUUUUGUAAUAAACGACAAGUUCUUCGUAAUAAUGUAAAAAAAUCAGACCCUCCCUUGUCAUUAUUAACAUUAACAUCUCGAGCUGCUAAGGCGAAAUCAUCGGGAACUGUAACUACCGGAACAUCAACAAAUACCAACAAUGGUUCAAAUCCAAGUAACAAUAAUUCAUUCAAUUAGAUUAAUCUAAUGCUUUUUAAUUUUAACUAUUUUUUUUCUCGUUCCAAUUGAUCUCAUUCAAUUUUAACUAUUCUGACUACUAUGUAUUCAUCUUAUUAUUUUACAUUUAACAACCGCAAGUGUCACAAUUUACAUGUACAACUUUUCAUCAAACAAAUUCUCAACACCCAAUAUUUCAUCAUCUCAUCAACAAGGAUUAUCAAAUAAUCCACUACCAUAAAUAUAUUAUAUGUACAGUAUAAUUUAAGCACCAAGUUUAACCAGAUUUUCAAACGAUGACCACAGAAAAGGAUUGAAUUUUAAACUUUUUAGAUAAUAGUCGACAGCCUUUUCGUAUCGUUCCGUUUUACUACAAAUUAAAGCCAACAUUUGAGCUGCGAAUGCGGCACUUUUACCAAAUUCUUGUAUAAUGUCUUCUGACAAAGGACAAAUUCUCCGAACAGUUAAAUUUACCCAAUAAAACCUCUUCGGUUUCA